CGGAAGUUGUCACGUUUCUAGUCGUCAUGGCGUCCUCCAGAGAGGCAACGUGAUAACUCCUUAAAAUGUGAAACUUCUGGUUUACUUCACCAACCGACUUUGGAAUCAUCUAAUUUCAACAAAUCAUACUUAAAACAAUAAGUGUGCACUCCCGGACGACUUCAUUUAAAGGUGAGACUCAUCAGAAAGUAGUUUAAUAGAAAAAGCGAGUCGGCUAAAGAGCAGCAUGCUAACUAGCUCACUGCUGAGCUGAACACGUUGGAUCAGACAGAGUAUUUCACGACCAGCACUGAAAUGGCUUCAUUCAAACCCACCAAGAUCCAAGUCUAUCCUAAACUUGGAGAGAAAGUCACACAAGACACACUGUACUGGAAAAACUACAAGGCUCCAGUCCAGAUAAAAGAAUUUGGAGCAAUCACAAACAUAGACUUCUCCCCAGUGGCUCCACAUAAUUUUGCUGUGACAGCAUUCACAAGAAUCCACAUUUACGGGCCGUUCUCCCAGGAGCCUGUGAAGACAUUCACACGCUUUAAGGACACUGCGUACUGUGGGAGGUUCAGGUCAGACGGCCAGCUGCUCGUGGCGGGAUGUGAGGACUCUAUGGUCCGGCUGUUUGAUGUCAGCGGCAAGGUGGCGCUCAGGAUGUUCAAAGGGCACACAAAGGCUGUCCAUGUCACAGACUUCACUUCAGACCGCUACCAGAUCCUCACAGGGUCUGACGACUACACCUGUCGGCUUUGGGACAUCCCAAAUGCCACUGAGCUCAACACCUACCAGGAACACACAGAUUACAUUCGCUGUGGCGUCUCGAGCAAACUCAACAGAGAUCUCUUCAUCACCGGAUCUUAUGACCACACACUGAAACUGUUUGAUGCCAGAGCGGAUAAGAGUGUGAUGACCAUGGACCACGGCCAGCCAGUGGAAAGUCUGCUUCUCUAUCCUUCUGAGGGACUCCUCGUCUCUGCAGGGGGGCGCCAUGUGAAAGUGUGGGACCUGCUAAAAGGAGGCCAGCCUCUGGUGUCUCUGAAGAACCAUCACAAAACUGUCACCUCUUUGUGUCUCAGCAGCAAUGGACAGAGGCUGCUGUCAGCCUCUCUGGACAGGCAUGUAAAGGUGUACAACACCACCAACUAUAAAGUGGUCCACAACUUUGACUACUCUGCCUCCAUCCUCAGUCUGGCUUUGGCUCCGGACGAUGAGUCCAUUGUCGUGGGUAUGACCAACAGUAUCCUGAAUAUCAAACACAGGAAAAGCCUUGAAGAGUCAAAGGAAGUCUCCGGCCAACAGAGGCGGCGACCGACGUACCGUGUUUUUGUGAAGGGGAAGAACUACGUCCCUAAACAGGAUGAUUAUCUCGUCAGCAAGCCAGUGAAACAGCAUUUGGCCAAAUACGACAAGCAGCUGAAGAAAUUUAAUGUGUCGAAGGCUUUGGAUACAGCUCUGGAGACAUGGGCAAGACAGAGGAAGCCAGAGAUCACAGUUGCUGUUAUAAAGGAGCUGGAUCGAAGAGGAACGUUGAAGAACGCUCUGGCAGGAAGGGAUGAACAGGGGCUCGUUCGGCUGCUCAACUUCCUCAUAGGGAACGUGGUUGACACCAGGUUCACUCCUGUCCUCGUAACGGCUGCCGAGAUGAUCCUGGACAUCUAUCGGUCGGUAAUCGGCCAGUCGCCAGUCGUGGACCGACAGCUGCUGCGUCUGCAGGAGCUGCUGGAGAGAGAGAUCGACUACCAGCAAGACCUCCUGGAGGUGCUGGGCAUGUUGGACACGUUGUUCGCCUCCUCCCUCCCGAGGAAGGAGGUGCCAUGCCCUGGCAUCAGCAGGGCUAACGGCCUGGCUCUGGGAGAAGCGAGUACCUCAAGACCACAGCUUCAAGCAUCCUGAGUCUUGUAGGGAAGGAGGACAAACUGCUUUAGACUGGGUUAGAGUGCCUUUUCAACUCUAAAAAAACUCAUUUUGACACACAUUUCCUGACAUGACAGGCCACAUGUCACCAAACAGAAACAUUUUGUUACAGGUUUUAAGAGACUGACACACCCAUGGGUUCACUCUGGUGUUUUAACUCAGCGUGACUGAAAACACAACCGGCAACAAAGAGAACAUGCGUUGUACUGUAUGAACAAUCUCUGAGUGUGUGAAUGGAAAGUGUUGUUUUUAUUGGAAGUCUUGUAAUUACACCUUCAGAUGUAAAUGUGGUAUGUGUGCACAUUUUGUGUCUGAAUGAUUUAACUGUUAAUGUCUGCUUUAUUUUUUCAUAAUAUUUGACAUUGGCAAAUGUUUUAUAAGCAGAUAUUAAUAAAUCUUUGUAAUAUUGA